AUGACGAUGAGCGCGAGGAAUGCGAAGGAGGAGGAGAGAAGAGAGAGCAUGGCGACUGUACUGAGCGAGAAGAGCCUGAUGCGCAUCCUCCACGAGCGGGAGAGGGUCAGGAAGCAGCUCAAGUCAACUCUAGGCAGCAUCUUUGACGGUGAAGGAGCACGGGGAGGGGACAGAGAGGAGAGGGCGAAGAAUGUGCAUCCUGUUAUGCCAGAGGAAACGAGCGGAGGAAGAGGCAGGGGCAGGGGAACAACGGCGCAAGACAUCCCUCGCUUCAUGAGGAAGGCAUACAGUGACGUGGAAAGGCGAGGGAAAGGAAGGGAAGAGCCGAGAGCUAGAGAGACUUGGCAGGGGAUGAGGAAGGACUGGAAACCCUUCGAUCCUUCCAAGAGUCUCGCAGAGCAACAGAAUCUGUCAGGGAACCAAGUCAUCAGCAGCAUGAUGAAAGCUCCAUCUGCCAGCGGCAGCACGCCGAGUGCCAACGCUGCUAGCGACGGGUGUUCCUCGGACUGGUUCGCCCACCCUCUCGAUUGUAUCCGCAAGGCCUACCAUGGAAGGAUGAAGGGGACGAAGUUUGAGCGUGUGGGAAGUGCCCCCUCCUCCUCGACCUCAGCUGAAGGCCUGACACAGGAGAGAGAAAAGGUAGCGCGUGAAGUAGCCCAGGGCAUGUUGAGCGGCACCAUCCGAGUCCCAGAGCACAGCAAACUCGCUGCUUCCAUCCAGCGAGCACGCGAGGCGCUGGACGAGAAGCUAGCGGCUGAGGCCAAGGACGUGAAACCUCCUGAGGUAGCGUCGGUCACGACGAGGAGGAAGGAGGCACACGGCAAGAAAGCUUCCUCCUCCCCUCGGAACCACGGAGGCUCCAGGGAGACGGCCGAUCCUCUUCAAGAUGCUGCUGUGGCUACUCCAACGUCCUCUCGGGCCCCUCCCCGUCGGAAACUAUCGGCAGGGCAGCUGCUGAGCAUCGUGCGUUCAAGGGAGAGGAGAAGGCGCAUGGUCAGCAUGUUCAAGGAAAAGAAGGACAUUGAAGAUGCUGAGCAAGCAUACAAGGAGGGAGAGCUCGCCGCGCAGGCCUACCAGAAGGGUCAGCUCGAUGCGAGAGAAUAUGAGGCUGGGUUACAAGCGGGAAGGAAGUACGGCAAGCUUGCAUCGGGGAACGACAACUCCUACGUAGUGCUGCCCCUGAAGCCGAGCGAAGCAGCGACAGCAAAGUUCAUCCCUUCCCUCCUAACGCUGGCGGUUGCGGAGCAGCGGAGGAUGCAGGAGAAGAAGCAGUGGGACGAAGAGAAGAAGCUAGCAACCUUGCACCAGCUUGCUUCCGCCGCACGCGAGAAGAGGAUGGCGCUUGAGGAGGAGACCGGGCAGGCUCUUCUGAAGGACAACACCUUCACUCCCCAGGGCUCCCUCCAGUUAGUUGCCAAGAACGCAGAGAGGAUAGCCUUCGCCACGGCAGCCAGCAAGCUCUAUCGGCAGAAGCUGUCGGAAAAAAGACCUCGCAAAGCUCCAUGA